AUGGGCCUGUUUAUCGGAUACGCUGACCACGAUUACAAGUUCGCCUGUGAUUCUCUCUUGCCGUAUGUGGAAACGACUCUCGGCCUGAAAGCGUUUGUACGUGACCGUGACCUUUUACCUGGGUGUGACGUGGCGCGCGGGUUGGUCGAGGCGCUCAAAUCCAGCUGGAGGGUUGUCCUGGUGUUCAGCGAAAACUUUCUCAGAGCAGACGACUGGAUGUGGUUUACCAUCAGGUGCGCCAUCUACUCCCAGACACCUGCCAACCCGUCUAGAAUCGUCGUCAUGGUCCACAAACAACACCUGCAUCAUUUACCUGACGAGCUGCUCAGUGCUGUGUUGGACGAGAACGUCAUCGUGGUCUCCAGGUGGGAGCUGGAUUACGUCAUCAGACAAAAACUUAGAACUCUUUUGUUCUAA